AUGGCUGGUGUUGCUUUACGUCGAUUAAUGACAGAAUAUAGACAAUUAGUUCAAAACCCAACAGAAGGAAUUGUAGCCGGACCAAAGGACGAGGAAAACUUUUUUGAAUGGCAUUGCCUAAUUGCUGGGCCAGUAGGGACUUGUUUUGAACAUGGACUGUUUCCGGCAAAGCUGACAUUUUCUGAGGACUACCCUUUAAGCCCGCCAAAGAUGCAAUUUUUGUGUGAUAUCUUCCAUCCAAAUAUUUAUCCAGAUGGGAGAGUUUGUAUCAGGUCUGUUUUGUAGAUUAUUUAGUUAAUUUUCCGUCUUUAAUUUUUUUUCGUCUCCGGAACGGUCAUUAAUUUUCGAAUGGUAGGCUUUCCUUUGGGUUUAUUUUCUGUCUUUGGUAGUAAAUCAACCGAUAAAUCAGUAUUACUUUUUUUUAUAAAAAGGGCCCUAUGAACCAAAAAUUUUUGGUCACUAGUCAAGACUAGGUGGGG